AUGGCCGAGGACAGCAAUCGCCGUAAGGCUGGGGGAAUGAAUGAUUCAUCAGAUCGCGGUGAUGCUAGAACUGGCGGUAUUGGCUCUAACGACAAGAUUGUCUCGGAAUCUAGACACAAACAAGCCAUUCCUCCAAACAGCCUGCAACGUGCCACCUCAUGCGACUCAAUGUUCCAGAUUGGGCGGAGGAGACAGCCUCAGUCUUCUCUUUCUCCACUUGUGUCAUGGGAUGAUACUAGCUUGAUCAAUAGGCACCAUGUUGCUCCAAUGUCUUAUGUCGAGGAUUCCGUGUCGAUCCAUCAGCCUGGCGCUGUUCUGACAUCUCGUAUCGAUGAUUCUGCGUCAACCCACAAGCCUCAGACUGCUCCAACAUUUCGAUCACGUUUUUCUACCUUGAUCAGUCAACUUCGUGUUGCUCCAACAUCGAAUUUCGAAGAUCUUUUGGCUGCUAUACGGGAGAAUCAGCGCAAGACAACCUUGUCUGGUGCUGCGUUGGAGGGGGAGGAGAAUCGGCGUCAGAUGGACAAAAUCAUGGCGGAUCCAGCUCAGAUGAGUGCAGCUCAGAUGGGAAUAAUUAUCAGACGAACCCAAAACAUAAAUGCUUUUGAUGGCCCGAGGAGCAAAAAGCACAGUGAUGCAGAGCAAUUCUCGGGAUUUUCUUCGCCAGCAGAGAGUGAUUCGGAGGUCAAUUUUGCAGAAAAUCGUCUUCUACACCCCGAUGAAUAUUUCCAGGAGCUUGAUGAUCUAGGUUCUGUGGUGUUCCAAAAAUCAAUGUUCCAUUUCUACACGGAUGGAACAGUUGGCGCCCCAUUCGAUGGUACGAUUCGCUUUAAAGCCUCAUUUGUCGAAAAUCUACCGUUUCAAAAGUUCUCUUACAAUAAUAUACUUGACUUUUGUCUCAAGGUCGCAAGUUCGGCAAACGAAGAUUCUGUCGGGACUAUUUCAGGAGUUGGCGGACACUAUACCAACCAUCAAAUGUAUCAUCGAGCAAUCGAAGAUUUGAACCACCUCAUCGAAUGUCGCAACAUCAUUUCCGCAGUCUGGGAAAGUCUUCAACAAAUGAGAUCUAUUCAUUACUGCGAGGAGUUUAUCAGUCUGAUUGUUCUCGACAGCACUCGGGCUGGUUUAGCCAGGCUCGUGAGGAUCGAACGUAGCAGGAUAGAACAACUAGCGUUAACGUUUGAGACAUGUCUGUUCCAAGUCAUGUCUCAGGAUCCUGUCAUGGUCUUGUUCGGCAAUGUCUCUGAACUGUCGAAGGAGCUCACAAUCGCGUGUCAAGAGCUGCUCCUUAAGCUCGAUGUGAUGAUUCCAGGCGCUCAUGACAGGAAAGAUAUUUGGCGGUGUGUAGUUCACGUUCUUGAUAUGGCAGUCCUCUCCUACACUGGUGCGCAUACACAGUUCCUUGGCAGUCAUACAAUUACAUCGGUAUCACUCCCUGGCCCGUUCCAGGAAGUGCAGCGCUACAGAUUCUGCCGAAGAUCUUUUUCGUGCCUCGACGGGUUUCUAAGAGGACAGCAAGCGUGGGUACUUGAAGUGGUUCUGCCAGGGAUAUUUGAGGUCAACCCGCCCCUCUUGUCCCUGUUAACAGACGCCGAGACUUUUGGGGACAUAUGGGGUCCAAUGUGGAAAUCUUACGCUCUUGGUGAAGAAGAACGUAUCGUUCAGUACAAUGUUGGGAACGGGGUUAUACUUCCUUGGAAGCCACAAUCACCAACCUCAUCCGAGGUUCGAAAGGGUGAAGUAUUCUGUCACUGGAUGGCGGACGAGGAUCGUCGUGACGACGAGGGCUCUGCCGAUUCAACCACUCUUCGCCCAAACGAUACUCUGCUAAUUGGAGCCCCUGUAACAUUGGCAGUCAAUGGCCAAUGUGAAUCCUCCUUCAUUUAUCAAAAACAAAGUUUGAGGGAUUCUGGAGCUCUUUCAGAACCCGGAACAAUAAGGAAUGGAAGGAUACUAAGUUCGGAGCUAGUUCGAGUGCAAGUUGGCGGAAGAUAUGCGAACUUUGAAUACACUCGAAAACAUAAAAGACGAGAACAAACGCUAAAGCAAUGUUUGAUCGAAGACUGGAAGCACAACUCUCAAAGCCGCAAGGUUAGACAUCUGGAGUUCAAGCUGGGUCUAGAGGUUUCGACAUGUACCCGUAACGCCCGCCGAGUCAGAUUGAUUGAGCUACUUGGCACACGGACAAUGCGAAAUCAUUUGCAGAAUGGAUCUUUCCAAUGGCACAGCAAAGACUGUGAAGAAAGCUUCUACUCAGCAAUUCAGGACCAGGAUUACACAGCCUUUCAUCUUUCAAAUGCAAUUGAGUAUUGCUUGGACGCAUUAAAAGACACUGGGAAAAACGAGAAAGACCUCGAAAUGUUUUGGGCACCUGACGAGGAACCAGGCCUAAAAGUGACCUUGAAGUCCACUGAGCUUUCUUGGAUUGGUUUCUUAGAAGAAACUGCAACGAGCGGGACACUGGCUGUACUAGAAGACCUGUGCCUGGAACUUUCGAUUCUGGACAUAGGGAAGAAGUGCCAAAACGCUCAUUUUGACCCAAGACAUAUCGGCAGCAAUACUUUUACCCCGGAACGAGCUUGCAAAGGCUCGAUACUAGAAACUUCUGUGCAACUCAACCAGCUAUAUGUUCCUUCUUCUAUUAGCGGGGCAAAUGGCAGAAGGUUCGGCUAUGAUAGCUCGCCUCCGAAAUAUGAUUACUUUUGGUCUCUGUCAUCGCUAAAAGAGGGUGAUAGUUUUAGCUUCGGCCAAAAGGGCUCUUUGGAAGUUAUCACAGCAUUAAAUCAAGGCCAGAUACUGGCAAAGUGGAUCAAACCCAAGGUUAUCUCCAAGGUACUCGGCAGCAGCCAAACGCCGAGAGAGCACUACGAAUGCAUACGAGACGAGAAUGAGAAAACCAGCCCUGUACAUUUUUUCAUUCUCAGUAACGCUCCAAGCAAAGUAUCCUCAGGGCAAUAUCUAUACAGACCAUCUUCUCACGCCAACUCGUCGUCAGUCGGGUCUGGGGGGAAAGAAUAUACUGUCGACUUUUCUAAGGAUGGGCAACCUCGAACCGGAAUCAAUCAAACAGUUAUCCCUCAAGACAGACCCGACGCACUGAGAGACAUCUUCUACGGCGGGGAAAUUACCAACUCGGAUGCCCCUGAAAACAUGAGUAUGUCCGUCAAUUGA